AAGGAGUAAAUUUAGAAAAUUCCCAUUUUAUAGGGAUAAAAAUAUAUUAAAUAAUUUUGUCUAAAUAAAUAUAUUAAAUAAUUUUGUCGAAAAAAAAAUAUUAAAUAAUAAAUAUUGAAUAAUUAAAAUGUGUCUGCAAAAAAAAAAAGUCUAAAUAUAAUAAAUAAACAUUGAAAUAAAUGUGAUCCUGAACCUCGCCACUUCCGCCCACUGUUCAUCGUAGACUCCGCUCCUUGUCCCGCCCUGUUCGUUGCUCCGGGAGGACAGAUCGAUAACCGUCACAUCUUUUACUACCGGAAACUGGAUUUGAAAUGAAACUACACAUUUCCUUUUAAGAAAUUGCUGGAAGAAGUGAUAGCACAGCACCGAUGAAUAGCACUGGAACACUUAAGUCUUCAAGUUCUGAGUUGGAUCUUGAUCGACCCAACAUUGAGGAUUACCUCCCUUCAGGAGCAGCCAUUCAACAAGAACCUUGUGGCAAGCUUCGCCUGCAUGACUUGCUCGAUAUUUCUCCUACUUUAUCUGAGGCAGCUGGUGCUAUUGUAGAUGACUCAUUCACAAGAUGUUUCAAGUCAAAUCCUCCAGAACCAUGGAAUUGGAAUAUUUAUUUGUUUCCUUUGUGGUGUUUCGGAGUUUUUCUUCGAUAUUUGAUAAUAUUCCCUACCAGGGCUCUUGUGUUAACAAUAGGAUGGAUUAUAUUUCUUUCCGCCUUCAUUCCAGUGCACCUCCUAUUGAAAGGACAUGACAAGCUGAGGAGGAAUAUUGAGAGGUCUUUGGUAGAGAUGAUGUGCGGUUUCUUUGUUGCAUCUUGGACUGGGGUUGUCAAGUACCAUGGGCCAAGGCCUAGCAGGCGACCAAAACAGGUUUUUGUGGCCAACCACACUUCCAUGAUUGAUUUCAUUAUCUUAGAACAGAUGACCGCUUUUGCUGUUAUUAUGCAGAAGCAUCCUGGAUGGGUUGGAUUGUUGCAAAGCACCAUUCUGGAGAGUGUGGGAUGUAUCUGGUUCAAUCGAUCAGAGGCUAAGGAUCGAGAAAUUGUGGCAAGAAAAUUGAGGGACCAUGUCCAGGGAACUGACAACAAUCCUCUUCUCAUAUUUCCUGAGGGAACGUGUGUAAAUAAUCACUAUACAGUCAUGUUCAAGAAGGGUGCAUUUGAACUUGGCUGCACAGUUUGCCCAAUUGCAAUCAAGUACAACAAAAUUUUUGUCGAUGCUUUUUGGAAUAGUCGAAAGCAAUCUUUCACUACACAUCUGUUACAGCUAAUGACAUCUUGGGCUGUUGUUUGUGAUGUUUGGUACUUGGAGCCACAAAAUCUGAAGCCAGGAGAGACACCCAUCGAGUUUGCAGAAAGGGUUCGAGACAUAAUCUCAACUCGUGCUGGCCUUAAGAUGGUUCCUUGGGAUGGAUAUCUGAAGUAUUCUCGUCCUAGCCCAAAGCAUAGAGAAAGAAAGCAACAGAACUUUGCCGAGUCGGUGCUGCGGCGCUUGGAAGAAAAAUGACUUGCACCUUCUGUAUAUUAUUCUUAUUUAUGCCAUUCUCCAACCAUCUUUUUCUUUCUUUUCUUUAAAAUUGUAUGCCACUAUUUUUAUUUAGGUUCAUUUUGCAUACAUCCAGAAAAAGUUGCACAAUAAAAUUCUGCAAAGGAUGAUGUUUUCUUGUACAAAUAAACGAAUAGGAGUUAUGUCAAAAAAAAAAAAAAAACAAAUAGGAACUAGAUUUUUCAUGGAUGAUUAAUAUUGAUGGGGCUCUGGAUCUGAACCUUCAUUCAAACAUAUAGGCAGUAAUUUGUUCAUUAUACAUUAUUUUUUUUCGUGAA